UAUUACUACUACUACUUUUCUACUAGUACUACUAUUACGACUAGUACUACUACUACUACUACUAGUAAUACUACUACAACUUCUAGUACUACAAUUAAUACUAGUACUACUACUACUACUACAACUACUACUAGUACUACUACUACUACUAGUACUAGUACUACUAGUACUAAUACUACUACUAUUACUAAUAGUACUACUAAUACCACUAGUACUACUACUAGUACUACUACUACUACUUCUAGUACUACUACUAAUACUAGUACAACUACUACUACUACAACUACUACUAAUAAUACUACUACUAAUAUUACUACUACUACUACUACCAGUACUACUACUAGUACUACUACUAAUAGUACUAGUACUGAUACUACUACUGAUACUACUAGUACUAAUACUACUACUAGUACUACUACUACUACUACUACUACUACUACUACCACCAAUACUACUACUACUAGUACUACUAGUAGUACUACUACUACUACAAGUACUACUACUAGUACUAGUAUUACUACUAUUACUAGUACUACUACUACUACUAGUACUACUACUACUACUAGUACUACUACUACUAUUACUAAUAAUACUACUACUACUACUAGUACUACUACAACUACUACUACUAGUACUACUACUACUACUACUAGUACUACUACUACUACUACUAGUACUACUACUACUAGUACUACUACUAGUACUAUGAGUACUACUACUACUACUACCAGUACUAAUAACACGACUACGACUACUAGUACAACUACUAGUACUACUAGUAAUACUACUACUACUACUAGUAGUAAUAAUACUAGUAAUACUACUACUACCAGUACUACUACUACUAGUACUACUAAUACUACUACUAGUACUACUACUACUCCUAUUACUACUACUACUAUUCCUACCAAUACUAAUACUACUACUAAUAGUACUAAUAUUAUUACUAGUAUUACUAACACUACUACUACUACUAGUACUCCUAAUAAUAGUACUAAUAGUACUACUAAUAAUACUACUACUACUAGUACUCCUCCUACUACUACUACUAGUACUACUACUAAUACUACUACGACUAUUAGUACUACUACUACUAGAACUUCUUCCACUAGUACUACUACUAAUACUAGUACUAAUACUAUUACUACUACUACCAGUACUACUACUAGUACUACUACUACUAGCACUGAUACUAUUACUACUAUUGCUACUACUAGUACUACUACUACUACUAGUGCUACUACUAAUAAUACUAUACUAGUACUACUAGUAUUACUACUACUACUUUUCUACUAUACUACAAUUAAUACUAGUACUACUACUACUACUACAACUACUACUAGUACUACUACUACUACUAGUACUAGUACUAAUAGUACUAUUACUACUACUAUUACUAAUAGUACUACUAAUACCACUAGUACUACUACUAUUACUAGUACUACUACUACUACUACUAGUAAUACUACUACUACUUCUAGUACUACUACUAAUACUAGUACAACUACUACUACUACAACUACUACUAAUAAUACUACUACUAAUAUUACUACUACUACUACCAGUACUACUACUAGUACUACUACUAAUACUACUAGUACUGAUACUACUACUACUACUGCUACUACUAGUACUACUACUACUACUACUAGUACUACUACUACUACCACCAAUACUACUACUACUAGUACUACUAGUAGUACUACUACUACUACAAGUACUACUACUACUACUAGUACUAGUAUUACUACUACUACUAGUACUACUACUACUACUAGUACUACUAAUACUAGUACUAAUAAUACUACUAUUACUACUAGUACUACUACUACUACUACUACUAGUACUACUACUACUACUACUAGUACUACUACUAGUACUAUGAGUACUACUACUACUACUACCAGUACUAAUAACACGACUACUACUACUAGUACAACUACUAGUACUACUAGUAAUACUACUACUACUAGUAAUACUACUAGUAAUACUACUACUACUAGUACUACUACUACUAGUACUACUACUACUAGUACUACUACUAAUACUACUACUAGUACUACUACUAGUAUACUACUACUAAUAAAA